AUGGAAUCUAGACUCCAACCUGACUGGACAGAUUUGCCUCCGGAAUGUCUCCUUGACAUCUUCUCACGUCUGAGCAUAGGACAACGACGGAGCGGACCAACACUGGUCUGCAAAACGUGGACCAACCUAUGCCAAGAUCCGUCCCUCAAAACUAUCUUGGACCUCGAAGCUGAGUUUCUGUCUUCUCCAGACUCCAUCUACUGGUGGAGUCCAGAGUUCGAGAGAAAAGUUAACUCAACCAUCAGGUCUGUUGUGGAUCAGAGCGAAGGCCGUCUCAAGGAGAUUCGAGUCAGGCAUUGUACGGAUCAAUCUCUCUCUCACGUCGCCCAAAGGUGUCCUAAUCUUGAGGUACUUGGGGUUACUUAUAGCCCAAAGGUUACAGUUGAGUCGAUGAGGAAGAUAGCCUCAAACUACACUAAGCUUAAAGAGCUUGAUAUAAGCUGCUCUUAUGAAAUAUCUGGUCAAUGUAUUGAAAUAGUGGGUACGAACUGCAAGAGUAUUCAUACUCUGAAACGCAAUUUGAUGCCAAAUUCGGAGAUCGCCAGGUUGUUUAUGCAUUGCACAUACGUGCAUGGUCUAUGUUUCGAAACUUCCGGUAAUAUUGAUGUUUUUGCAAUUAGAAGUUACAUGAGUCAGCUGAAGCACCUGGAACUUCGAUUCUCCACAGUGACUGAUAAAGCUCUUCCCUUUCUUUGUAAAGGAUGUCCGAAUCUAGAGUAUUUGGACUUGGUUGGGUGUAGGUACUUGACUAGCGAUGGUGUUACUAACGGUAUCUCGAGCUUGAAGAAUUUGAAGGAGAUCAAGAAACCAUAUUUUACAGCAUGA